UUAACUUUGGCAAUUCUUGCAUGCAACAAUCUCUCUCUCCAUUUUCCUUCAAUGGAGGUUGUGAGAAUACUCACGGUUGCCCUUUUUUUGGCUCUGCAUGGCACUCAAACCCUGAGUGUGGAUGAUGGGUCUCUAGCCGUCGAUUAUUACAAAGAAAGUUGCCCCUUGGUGGAAGAUAUUGUGAGACGUGGUGUUGAGACUGCUGUGUUUAAAGAUCCUCGCAUGGCUGCCUCCCUCCUGCGCUUGCAUUUCCAUGAUUGUUUUGUCAUGGGGUGCGACGCUUCGGUUCUUUUGGACAGUGAGGGGAGCCUGGUGAGUGAAAAGCAAGCUGGGCCUAACCUCAACUCCCUACGUGGAUUUGAGGUGAUUGAUGAGAUUAAAUAUCUUUUGGAAGAGGCUUGUCCUUCUACUGUUUCAUGUGCUGAUAUUCUUGCCAUUGCUGCCCGUGAUGCUGUUGUCCACCAAGGUGGGCCAGGAUGGGAUGUCUCGAAAGGCAGGAGAGAUUCAGUGAAAGCAAGCUUCAAUGGUGCCAACGAGUUCAUCCCUGCUCCCAAUUCCUCUCUGGAGUCUCUCAUUGCCAAUUUUCAACAACAUGGCCUCGAUGUGGGAGAUUUGGUUGCUUUAUCGGGAAGCCACACAAUGGGAAAGGCAAGAUGUUUUAGCUUCAGGCAAAGGGUGUAUGAUGUGAGCACCCAACAUCAUGAUCCUUACAAGAGAUACACAACCUUCAGAAGAAUCCUACGGUCCAUAUGCCCAGAAUCAGGAAAGGACAACGAAAUUGCACCACUUGAUUUCACCACCCCAGCUAGGUUUGACAACCACUACUACCUUAACAUUCUCCAGGGAGAAGGCUUGUUAGGGUCUGAUAAUGUGCUGGUGACCCAAGAUCAUGAGGGGGAGCUAAUAGGGCAAGUGUGGGCUUAUGCCUCCAAUCAAAAGCUUUUCUUUGAUGCAUUUGCCAAAUCUAUUGUCAAGAUGGGUAACAUCAAUGUACUCACUGGAAAUGAAGGAGAAAUCAGGAAGAAUUGUAGGUUCCUCAAUUCCUAGCUCUGGAAAAAUGGGGCUUCUU